AUGCACUUCACCUCUUCCCUCAUGGCCGCUGCCUUGGCAGUCGGCGCAAAUGCCAACCAGUUCAAGCGUCAGGACUAUGGCAACUUCAACCAGACCUCGACCGCUGCUGCUGCCAUCAACUACGCUCCUCUGUCCAGCUCUAGCUCUUCGGUCGUCGCUCCCAUCAACACUGCCGUUUCUGUUGAGGCCUCCUCGGUUGCCAUCCCCCUCUCCACUGGUGCAUACGAGAGCUCUGCCGCUGCUGUCGAGACCAGCGCUGCUGCUUCCAGCUCGGUUGUCGCUCCCCUGAGCACUGGUGUCUCUGCUUACCCUAGCAUCGAGACCAACGCUGCCUUCGGUACCGGUGCUUACGGCUCUGGAGUUACCUCCGCUCCCGCCGCUGGUGCCACUGGUUCCGAGACCGUCACUGCCUACACCACCUUCACCACCGAUGUGACUCUCACCUACACCAUCGGCUCUGGCUCGACCAAGUCGGUUGUCACCACCACCAUCCACAAGACUUCGACUGCCUACAUGACCAACACUGUGUACGCCACUCCUGCUGCCUCCUCAGGUGCUGCCGCUUCGGCCUCGGCCGCUGCUUCUGGCUACGGCAUGGAGUCUGACUCGACCUCGACCACCACUCUCUCGACCACCAGCACCACUACUAACACCGUCUAUGUUUCGCCCACUUCCACCGGUUCUUACUUGAGCUUCUGGGGCGAGAAGGCCGCUGUUACUGGAUACGGCUCGAGCUACGGAGCUCCUGGAACUGGCGCCAGCGCUACUGAUGCUGGCUGUGCUCCCGCUUCCACUGUUACCGUCACUGCCAACGAGACCGUCUACGUCACUGUUGACUCUGCCAUGAGCACUAUUGCUCAGAGCACUGCCACUGGCGCUAGCGUUGUCCCCAAGCAGAGCAGCGCUGCUCCCUACUACCCCAUGAGCUCUGGUUCUUCCAGCUCUUCUAGCUGCGCUUCCACUGGUUUCAUCACCAUCCACAGGCCCUCGGGCGCCUCGGGUGCCGCCUACCCUACCGCUUACUAG